AUGGUUCUACGCAAGCGAAAUAAUCCUAAUUCGGCUUUGGAGCAAGAAGGCAAUGACGAAACUCAAGCGAAUUCCGAAACAACCUCUGAAAAGUCGGGAGCAAUGGUGAUGAAAAAGGACAUAGGCAUGCUUAAAGCCGUCAGUAUAAUUUUCAGCAUCAUCGUCGGGUCAGGUAUUUUCGUCUCCCCAGUUGGCGUACUCAAAUAUACAAAUUCUGUUGGUCUUUCAAUGAUUAUGUGGCUCAUUCCUGGUAUCUUCAGUCUGAUUGGUGCUUUAGUUUAUGCUGAACUCGGCGUUCGCAUUCCAAAGUCGGGCGGUGAAUAUAUCUAUAUCAUGGAAACUUUUGGCGGCUUGCCUGCUUUUCUUGUAAUGUGGGUGACAUUCUUCAUUAUUGGUGGUGUUACUUGCGGAGCGAAUUCUCUUGUUUUUGCAAAGUAUAUUCUUUACCCUUUCUACCCUGAUUGUGUUAUUCCACAUCAUGUUGUUAUCAUUGUUGCUCUAGCGGGCUUAGCAUUGGUCGGUGCACUUAACUGUUACAAGGUCUCCUGGGCAACACGAGUCGCAGUUGUAUUUUCAAUUGCCAAAUUCGUCGCACUGAUGUUAAUAAUUGGUUUUGGUUUAUAUCACCUUGCUACCGGUCAUACCGAGAAUUUUGAGAAUUCAUUUGAGAAUUCGUAUACUUCUCCAGGUUCCCUGGCUUUAGCUUUUUAUCAAGGUUUCUGGGCAUUUGCAGGUUGGAGUUACCUAAACUUCCUCGUCGAGGAGAUGAAAAAUCCUUCCAGAGACCUACCUCUGGCCAUUUCCAUUGCUCUAAUCCUGGUUACCACUCUCUACAUCCUCACAAAUGUCGCUUAUUUGGCAGUCCUAUCGCCAUUUGAAUUGCUUCAACCCGGUUCAGAAUCAACUGUUGUAGCGGUUAUAUUUGCCGAACGGGCCAUGCCAUGGUGUGUAAUAGUUAUGCCGGUUCUUGUUGGAGCUUCUGUUUUUGGGAGCAUGAAUGGCAUCAUUCUCUCUGUUUCUCGUUUAACCUACUCAGGUGCUCGUGAAGGUCAUAUGCCAUCUGUACUUGCAUUCAUUCACCACCGAAACUUCACUCCUAUCCCUGCCAUACUCGUUCUGAUUUUGGUUUCAAUCGGUUUCCAGAUGUAUAAAGAUAUCUUCUAUCUCAUAGACUUAGCUGGCUUCUCCUUUGCCCUUAUAGCGGCUCUUGCAGUCUCAGCUCUCAUUUACCUGCGAGUGAAGGAGCCCCACGUGAAGACGGACUUCCAGCUACCGUUGGCUCUCCCUAUCUUCUUCCUCCUUUGUGAUCUUUUCAUCCUGGUACUCACUAUCUACCAACAACCAAACGAGUCCCUCUUGAAUGUCAUUCUCAUUCUUGCAGCCGUUCCAGUCUACUUUAUUGGUGUUUGCUGGAAGCAUCCACAGAGCAUUAGGACAAAAAUGCAUUCUCUUACACUUUUUCUGCAAAAAUGCUUUGCUGUAGUUCAGCCUGAUCUGGGAACAAAAGAGGAACAACAGGCAGAGUCAAAUAAUAAGCCUGUUCCAUGUGAAGAUGAAACAGUGAGAGGAUCAAAGACAGUGGAGUUCUAG